UACUAACUUUAUGUCUUCACUGUCCACAUGCUGCUUACAACUCUUAAGUAGCUUGUAGUUAGUGACUGCUUGGAGUCUUCAUUGCUAUGAUUUUUUUUAAUUUGAUUGCCGCAUGGUUUACUUUGUUUAAUAAUUAAAGCUGCUUACGAGAUAUACCACGAAUACAGAUAGCUUUUGAAAAAUGGCUCUUAACCUCAUUGUUAAAGUACACCCAGUUGUGUUAUUUCAAAUUGUUGAUGCAUAUGAACGCCGAGGUGCCGAAGCUCAUCGAGUUAUCGGUACAAUGUUAGGAACCGUGGAGAAAGGUGUUGUUGAAGUAACAAAUUGCUUUUGCGUACCACAUAAGGAAUAUGAAGACCAGGUUGAUGCCGAACUCAACUAUGCAAUGGAUUUGUACGAACUGAAUCGACGAGUUAAUGCGCAGGAAAAUAUUGUUGGAUGGUGGGCUACUGGAAACGAGGUAACCAAUCAUUCAUUUGUAAUUCACGAGUAUUACGCUCGUGAAUGCAAUAAUCCUAUUCAUUUAACAGUGGAUACAACUUUACAAGAAACCACAAGAAUGGGUAUUAGAGCUUAUGUAUGCGUACGAUUGGGCGUUCCAAAUGGCAAAACUGGCUGCAUGUUUACACCUGCCAAAGUGCAGAUUCAGUGCUACAAUCCAGAAAUUGUUGGAUUACAAUUGUGUGCCAAAACUAUUCAUCAUGUCAAAGGAACCAAACCAGAUGCUGUUGUAGAACCAAUGAUGGAUCUUGCACAAAUUGCUGAAGCUAGUUCAAAACUUGCUACAAUGCUGGAAAGUGUUCUUCAGUAUGUGGAUGAUGUUUUAUCUGGAAAGACACCUCCUGAUAAUCAGGUGGGAAGAGCUCUUUUGGAUAUGGUGAAUUCUGUGCCGAAGAUGACAAGCGAUCAGUUCGAUAGUAUGUUCAGCAGUAAUGUGAAAGAUCUUCUUAUGGUUGUUGCAUUGUCACAGCUCAUUAAGACGCAAUUACAACUCAAUGAAAAACUCACGUUGCUUACAACAUUUUGAAUACAAAUAUAUUUCAACGAUUAAUGAAUGAUUUGAAAGUACAAGGAUAAAGAAUACAUAUUAAAAAUUGUUUAUAAAAUUAG